AGAAUGAGCUGCCUGACUCGCAAGCCAAAAGAGGGUGGAAGGGUAGAUUAGAUUUACCGUAUUGCUCCGAGUCAUGCCCGUUGCUGCUGUUGAGAAAAGCUUCCUUGUGUGGCUGGACAGUGGAGCCCGCUUUGAGGUUACUGGCAUCCAGAGGAAAUUCAGAGUUUGGAUUUUGAUCCCGCUCUGGUGUCCCGUGUUCUGAUGCUGGGACAUGUGCGGUGCUGCUGUCCCACUGCGGCGGCUGAUGAACUGGGGCUGCUCCAGGGCCGUGGCUGGGCAGCCACUGCUCUGGGUGCCGGGGCUGUGUGAGGUGGACAGUGCCAGGAGUCACUGCUGGCGUUGGCGGUUGCCAUCAGGAGGUCACAACGCUCAGCCUUUGGUUUCUUAAGGGGUGUCCUGAGGAGGGAGACUGCUGGUGGCCUCUGGUGUCCCAGCGAGGGGCAGCGGGGGAUGCCGGAGUCGCACUCAGGGUUGGGGCAUUGCUCUUGCUUUGGGGAAGAGGCGCAAAGGUGUGGGGAGCUGUGGGGCACAGCGGUGCGGGUACAGCUGCGGGGCUGCCCUGAGCCCACAGCAGCAGAUGCUCCCUUGACAGUUCCACUGCUGGCUUUGGCCGUUCUGCGCUGCUGUGGAGGGUUCACCCUGACCCCGCGCUCCCUCGGGGGCUGUGCUGCAGGAGCUGAGUGCUGCUGGCAGGUUUGGCCAUUGGCGUUUUGGCCAAGGGUGCAAGCACUGGAGAGCGGCAGGCCCUGGCUGGGGGCGCGGGCGUGACAGUGGGGACUGGUCCCACAUCCUGCUCCCUGCUCCUUUGCCGGAGGCUUGGUCCCGGGCUCCUCAGCGUGCGACGGCCGUGUUUGACUUGAGUCAUUUAUAGCUUAUCAGUUUCUGGUUUGAUACCCAGGGUAUUUCUAAUAAUAGGCUAACGUUAUUGCACCUCGAGAGAAUUGUACACAUUUAUAAAGCAUCCCUCACAGCCCCGCUUUUCCGCCAUGUGUGGGUGCACAGAGGGGGUGCUGCGUCCUGGGUGCUGGUUUAGGUGCUGACACUGGGCUCCUCCGCAGCUCAGCCCCAUGGGCACCGUGCCGGAGCUGGACCCCGGCCGAAAACCCCGCGAGUCGCUCCUCCCCAGCCAGGUGAGGGAUGUGGGCAGUGAGGACCUUGGCAUUUGCGUUUGUCUCUUAAGCUCUGACAGUAAUCUUGAGUAAGCCUUGUGAAGAAGGCCAGAUAUUAGGGUGGCUGCCUCACUGCAAAUGCUUACAAUAAAGAGACUAUUUAUAGUUUGCAACAGGGAGACUUUUGCAUUUCUGUUCCUGUAUGGACACGAUGGAGUUUCUGGAGCGGCUGGGUUGCUGCAUGGCAUUGGGGGCUGUGGGGGCACCUGGCUGGGGCAUUCCUGUCCUGGUGGCGGGUGUGCGUGAGGCUGCUGAGCCCCAUCCGUCCGUCCGUCUGUCCGUCUUGUCCCUUGGUGCGUGCGGGGUUUCACAAGCUGUAAAUUCCAGGAAACUCCCCGGGAGGCACAUUCGGUGAGGGGGCUGGGGGCAGCGUGAGCCCCGAGCCAGCAGAUGUGUCUGCAGGGACGAGGAGUGGGGAGGAAAAGCACAAACCUGUCUGUAAAGACAUUUGUUUGUUCACAAUAAAACCUGUCAGGCAGCGGCAGCAGACAGGGCAGUUUUUACGAGGCGCAGGCGUAGGCUGGAGGGGUGCCGGCCAGUUGCUUCUCACAAGGAAAAGCAACAGGGAUUGUGUUUUAUCUCAGGACUAGGGGGAGGAAAAAAAAAAAGCAGAGAGUUUAUAAGCCUUUGAAAUGUUUCAGUCAAAGGAAAGCAUAGCUGAAAGGGGUUCUGGAAAUGUUUUUGGUGUUCCCCUGCACCCCAGGGCUCUGUGUGAGGUGCCUGCCCAUCGCUUUGAGAGGCGAGCGGGCAGAGGAAGGCGGAUAAAGGGAUCGGCAGCCGGGACUGUGUUCACACGGGAUGCAUAUCUGCUUCCUCCCGAGCUGCGUGUCGGGGGAGCUCAGCCCGGGGAGGUCCCGCAGCCCCUCCUCUCAUUCAGGAUCUCAGUGCUGCCUUUAUGAUGAUGGUUUUGAAAUCCUGCGGCUGACCUUUCCGGCGCUGGAAGCGAUCCAAGGGCUGUGUCUUGAAGUGCUGUAAAGGAUGAGACAUCGGUGAGCAGCGAGGACUUUGAUAUGAACGACUCCACAUGGAUCUCAGCUGACCAGCACCUGAACUCCAGCCUGAGCCCCAGCCAGGACGAGAGCAUGCGCAGCCCGCAGAACCUGCCCGGCCAGGAGGACGAUGACUCCUCAUCAGAGAGCUGCAGCGGGAAUGGCUCCUCCACCCUGAACCCCUCCACCUCCAGCAGCACGCAGGGCGACAGCACCUUCCCCGAGAUGAAUGGCAAUGGCACCGCGGCUCCCAUGGACUUCACCACCUCCGCCGACGACCAGCCCAUCAACCUCUGCGACAAGCUCACACCUGCCCACGUCACCCCCUCCUACCAGUCGGACGGCUGCAGCGCUGAUGGGCUGCGCAGCAGGGUCAAGUACGCAGUGAAGACCACGGCAGAGUCCCCUCCAUACAGCUCUGGCAGCUACGACUCCAUCAAGACAGAGGUCAGCGGUUGUCCCGAGGACCUGACCGUCGGCAGGGCCCCCACGGCUGAUGAAGAUGACGAUGACCAUGAUGACCAUGAAGACAACGAUAAGAUAAAUGACUCAGAGGGGAUGGACCCAGAGAGGCUAAAGGCCUUCAACAUGUUUGUGCGCCUUUUCGUGGACGAGAACCUGGACCGAAUGGUUCCCAUCUCCAAGCAGCCGAAGGAGAAGAUCCAAGCCAUCAUUGAGUCCUGCAGCCGGCAGUUCCCCGAGUUCCAGGAGCGGGCGCGCAAGCGCAUACGCACCUACCUCAAGUCCUGCCGCCGUAUGAAGAAGAACGGGAUGGAGAUGACCAGGCCCACGCCGCCGCACCUGACCUCAGCCAUGGCCGAGAACAUCCUGGCCGCUGCCUGCGAGAGCGAGACGCGGAAAGCAGCCAAGAGGAUGCGGCUGGAGAUCUACCAGACCUCCCAGGACGAACCAAUCGCUCUGGACAAGCAGCACUCCAGGGACUCCACAGCCAUCACCCACUCCUCCUACUCACUGCCAGCUUCGUCUUACUCCCAAGACCCGGUCUACAUCAAUGGAAGCCUCAACUACAGCUACCGUGGCUACGGGUCCCUGGGGGGCAGCCUGCAGCCCCCCGCCUCCCUGCAGACAGGCAACCACAGUAACGGUCCGACCGAUCUCAGCAUGAAAGGUGGGGCGUCCAGCACAGCCCCCUCCAACAGCACCAACCGGGGAAUGCAGGCUGCCCAGCUCAGCCCCACGGAGAUCAGCGCCGUGCGGCAGCUCAUCGCCGGCUACCGAGAGUCGGCGGCAUUUCUGCUGCGAUCUGCAGACGAACUGGAAAACCUCAUUUUACAGCAGAACUGACUCCCUGUGUCUUUGUCACUCCUCUGUCUAGAAGACAAUUUCUACCUGCUAGAAAGAGGCUCCCCGUGGUGUCCUGCUCAGGACCAGCAGCGUCCUCCCGUGAAGCGGCGGGUACAUGUAGUUUUAGAAGGUGGAAUUCAAAAGACCUGUUUUCUUUUACACUCCAAGCACCUGGGACUUCAGGCACAAGGACACGUUUUUGAACCAACACCCGUGCGUCCAGCCGAGCAGAAGCUGAACCUGCGGCUUGGAAGGAUGCGGGACUUUGAAGGGCAGAAGGGAGCCUGGGGAGGUUUGGGGCUGCAGAUGUAUUUAGAAUAACCUUUGUGGACCCAAAUGUUAGAUUCCCGUCCCCGGAUAAUUUCCAAGUCUUAGGUGAGCUGAAUCACAUAUUUAUUGAGAAAUGGACCCUCUUUUCCCCUUAGUAAUUUAUUUUUCUGAAAAUGGAUUCUUUUGAGUUUGUACAGAUUGCCAGUUUUUUGUCUGUCUGAUCAGAAGGAAUUUAUUCCUGUGAAAUAACACAUUCCAUAUCACGACACUACUAAUCUCCAGGCAGCUCUGCCUGUUUCUCUGGGGAGCCCUUGUCUUGCCAUCCAGCGCUCGGCCUCCAGGCAGCACCGGUGGCAGCUGGACAGCGGAACAAGCAGCGUCCUGCUUAGAGUCGAUUCUAGGCGGUCCCGUAGCAGCAGUGGGGUCUAAACCUCCCGCAGAGACUCGGCAAGCUCAGCACACCUCCGGCCAGAAGGACGUCUCAUGCUCAUUUAAGUCAUUGCAGAUCAGAGAAAGAAGGAAAUUCCUGAGAAACACUGUCCGGCGGUCACUGUCCGUACUCUACCUCACGCUCCAUCGUGGGCUCUUCCAGGCCUGGCCGAGCGGGGGGACGGUGAGUGUUGCAACCAUGUGGAUCGCGCCGCAGAGGCUGGACCUGACCUGUCCGGUGCCACGGAUCUGCUGGGGUCCCGCUGCAGGGCCCGCACCCCCACCCUGGGAACCGCCCUGGGGGCAGCAGGAGAAUAAACCUUCAUGGAACCGAGCAGGUGAGGCUCCAGCCGGGUCUCUGCCCGAAAAGCCGCUGACUCCUCUGCGGGAGUUGGAAACAGGCGAUGUUCAGCAGCAGAACUGACAAAAUCCUCUCUGGGGUGCGGGAUCCUCCCCCCUCCCUGCUCACAGUCCUGGAACAAGCUCACAGUUCCCAAACUGUAGCCUGAUGUCCAUCGUGCCCCACGACCAUCCCCACCCCAACGAUGCACUUCGUUUUGCUCAGUGCAAUAACUACACCGUGCUGCUAACCCAGGGGCUGCACUGGGGUGCUAAGCCCAGCCCAGCGCUGAGCCCAGCCCGUCAAUGAGCUGAGCCCAGCAAUGCAACGUGCUGCAGAGCCGUGGGGUCCCCGCAGCCCCCGCUCAGGCAGGCAUCCUUACCGCAAGAGAGAGAUUCCAGAGUGUAAUCCCCAAAAAGGUAGAUAAUUUCUCUCUUUGGACCCAGCUUUUUCCUUCUUUCUCGUCCCCUCAGAGCCCACGGCCGGGGCUGCGGGUCUGUCAGGGCUGAUGUGGGCUCGAGCUCGGUGGCAGCGGCUGGUCCCAGCUCAGGAGCUUUUAUACCCAAUUAUACCCCACACACUGGAAGAGAAGCAGAACCUCUGCCCUGCUCUUAGUCUCAGCACAGAAAAAGCCACUGGCUCCCGAGAACGGGCUCGCCCGGCAGCAGGAGGGCUUUGCGUUGUCACCAUUGCAUUGACCGUUGUCCCCAAACUGUCACCUUCCCUUAGUGUUGGAUCGAAGGCCCCAGAGCCCCGGCCGCUGGGCGCAGUCGGGGUGUCCGAGCUGGUGGCUCCUCCGAGCGGAGCCGAUGCUGGAGCUGGGGCAGCCGGGACCCCCCAGCCAGGGCUCAGCACUUCCCAGCCUGCCUGGUGCAUCCACCACGUCCUCCCAUCCGCGGAAUUUAUGUAAAUAUUUAUUUUUGUGUGAAUACCAUGAAGUAAGAAACCUUUGACAAAUACGUAACCGCAGCCGUUUGUGAGAGUCUCCCGGUUCAGGCAGGAGAGGCAGAGACAAUCGCUGUCCCGGGACCCCCCGCCGCCCCCCCGGCCGAGCACCAGAACGUUCCUGCAGAAAGAGGUUCCCCAGGGGCUCACGGACACGUCGCCAUUCGCUGCUCUUUGUUCCAAGUUUUAUUUAUCCGAGUUUCAGCGGUCGUUACCGCAUCACCUCGCAACUCGUCUCAGCGUGUUCUGGAGUUCGUGGCUCUGGCACGUCGUUCACCUGCGGCCGCUCGUGGGCACGGGGAGAGCAGCCGAACGGUACAGACUGAGCCGCCAGCGCCCCGGUGACAGCCGCAGCUGUGACAGGUCAUGAAACAAACGGGAUUGACUACAAAUUUCUGUCAGGGAUCUUUUCUUUUUUUUUCUUUACUUUUGGUGAGUCUCGGGUUCGCAGUUUCUUUGGCCCAAGCUCCACACAUCUCAGUGCUGUUCACGGGUCCGCGCUCGGCUGCAGCUCCUCCAGGACCGUUCGGAGCCGCAUCCCCGCGCUCAGCGGGCAGGAGGGGCAGGAGCCGCUGGUCCGGGGUCUCAACAAGGAACGGGCAGGAGCAGAACACGCCGGCUCUCCAGAUACUCUGAGGUGGAAGGAGAAUGUUGGGUUAGCAGAUGGUCUGGACGUCCCUGGUUUUGUUGGAGAAAAGCUAAUCACUGGUUGAGAAAAUAUAAUGUUUUUUUAAAUUUAAUUUAAUUUAAUUUAAUUUUAAACAACCAUCCAGCCCUGGAUGUGCGGUUCCCAUGACGGUGUCUCUACAUGGGAGAGCGUUCCCGGGAUUGUGAGCAGACAUAACUUGUACCUCCCCAUCCGAAGGGCCACAUCCCUCCACGAGUGCCCCUCGGGUUUAGUACCAGUUCAUGAAAAAAAUGCUGCUUUGAACUCAGAGGGUUAAUAUACUUUUGAUUUGUAAUUUUUUGUAAGACUUUUUACAAGGUAGCAUAGUAUUUCACCAGAAUACCAACUACAAUCCGUCCAUAGUCUGAUUUUUAUAUAAUUUAGUGGUGCUUUAGAAACUUUUGUUUGGUUGUUUCGGAGCUGUACAGCUCAGUUCUUCGCCUGUACCUACCUAAGACCAAUGUGAACCUUUGUAUUUUUGCUCCUGAUUUUGGACUCAGUGAAGUGUACUGUUUACAUGUACAGAACUCCCGGCCCCCGUGUGCUCUGCAAGAACCCGCGUUGACGAGGAAGCUGCACCUCACCCGUUUGUCUGCUUAACGAGCCACAGCCCCAGCCCCACACACGCACCUGCCCCGGGGACGCCCCGCUACACAAACACCCUCGCAGCAAUUUGGGGUUUUGCACAAGCUAUUGCGUUUUUAUUUCCUUUUUCCCCAGUAGUCGAUGUUGGGAUUGGCCGCAGCUCCGGUCCAGAUGAUGCGGAGCUGCCACAAUUGAGGCAGAGCCGCUCGGAGCAUCGUCGUCUCCCGGUUCAGCGGCACGAGGGGCUCAGCCGAGGACACGGGAAACGCUCAUCAGCUUAAUUGGAGACACGAUUGACCCCCGGUGCAGCAGCCCCAGCUGGUCCGACGGGCGGGUGGGAGCCUGGGGCUCCCGGUGAAGCUCUUUGGAAAGCCGCUGCUCUCCGAGGGCUCCCAUAGAAAGCGUAUGGCACUUAAUCCAGCUUUUAAGGUGACACUUUAUUGCUUAAUCGAUUCAUUUGGAAAUGAUAUUUUUGCAGAUAGGCACCUAUGCAACUUAAUGUGGCUCUUAAGCAGAUGAGCACUUCCUCCUCAACGAGCUUGAUAAGAGUUAUUUGUGUUAUAUACUGUGGAUUUUUCCAGUAAAUGUGGCUUAAUAUUUUAAUUCUUAGAAUGUGUGUCUAUUAUAUAUGUGAUGCAACUUAAUUCUGUUCUGUUUGUGGAAUGAUUAGCACAGGCCAACUCCCUGUUCCCUCACUUAACAAAGACCAAUGAGCUGUUAAUCGAGCUGUUAUCUCCAUGGUAUUACCUGCUAAAUGCACUGAUUUCAUAAGUAUGUGGAAUCCUUUUUCUUUUUUUCUUUUGAAUCUGUAUAUCAUAUAUAAGACUGAAUCUACUUAAUAAACACUGUAUAACAAGAAGGGCUUUCUCCUCCUCCGCCCUCGCCCCGGUCGCCCCCACGCGCCAUCAGGCACCCGAGCGGGAUCCAAAUUUGGUGUUACAAUGGAAAACACCCAAAUCUUUCAACAAUUUCGACAUAAGCCGUGCUUUCCAUUCCUGAACAGACCGCCGCGGUACCACGGAGAGCAGCGUCAGCACUCAUGGCUGGGGCCAGUCACCAAUUUUAUGCUUAACUUAUAUUUUGACAAAAUUAAUUUUGUGAAGUGUCUGUUUUUUGUGGGAAAAAAAAAAAAUAUGGAGUUUUCAUUGAAGUUUGUGGAAAGUUCUCCCUCUCCCUCAUGGAAAAUACUGAUUUUUCAUUAUCAGCUUUAUUCACUAAGUAUAAUAAAUCUUUGCAUCCAUCAAA